AUGAAAGUAGACUGGUACAACAACUGCGCUCUGAGAAGAACAUUGGCAAUCUAUGGAUUUGUCUUAAUUUGGCUGAUAACGGAGUUAAAUACUUUUUUUCUGAAGCAUAUAUUUGCGGUGGACACAUCACAUCCAUUAGUGUUUUCAAGGAUUUUUUUACUUGCUUUCAUAUCAGCUCCAACGAUACGGCAAUUUUAUUUAUUCGCAACUGAUCCACGUAUCAAGCGCAUGGGUAUGCAAAGCUGGGUAUAUGUGGCUAUUUGUACUUUAGAAGCAUCAAUUUGCAUCAAAUUUGGGCGACCACAACUUCCUCGUGUUAAGCUGACGCUGAUUGUUUCAUGGAUUUGUUUUAUGGCUGUUGGUACAUUUGCAUCCGUUUGGAUGUCGGUAUGGUGGGUAAAAACGUUCACGAAAACGAAAAAAGUGAAUAUAAAUGGUUGCUUGCGGGAUUGCUACCUAGAUUCAAGCCAUGAAAAUCUCGGCACACUUACUGACGAGUUAGUCAAUUUUACUAGAAGUUUCUGCUGCAAACAAACCUGUGAUGAAGUUCGUGUACGUUUCGCUCCUUCGCCAACCGGUAAUUUGCAUUUGGGUGGCCUGAGAACGGCACUUUACAACUUUUUGUUUGCUCGAUCUCAAGGAGGCAAAUUUAUUUUGCGAAUCGAAGAUACUGACCAGCAACGUUUGGUACCUGGCGCAGUGCAGCAGAUAGAAGCGACACUUGACCGAUACAAGCUUUUUCGGGAUGAAGGUCCCUCUAACAGUGGAAAAUUCGGACCAUAUUUACAAUCUGAAAGAAAAGCAGUUUAUCGGGAUGCUGUUGAGCAACUUAUCGAUAGUGGUAAUGCAUAUCGAUGCUUUUGUACGAAAACACGUUUGGAUAUGUUACGUCGGGAAGCAGCUAGACGUCAUGAAGUACCCAAAUAUGAUAAUCAUUGUCGUGGAUUGACUUAUGAAGAAGUCAAGAGGAGACUAGAGAAUGGAGAAAAUUAUGCCAUCAGAUUCAAGUUAGAACGAAAAGAAGUGUGUUUCGAGGAUCAAAUUUUUGGUGAAAUCACACAGAAUAGCAAUGAAGGAGAUUUCAUAUUAAUGAAGACUGAUUCGUUCCCAACUUAUCAUUUGGCGAAUGUUGUUGAUGAUCAUCAGAUGCGGAUCAGUCAUGUGAUACGUGGUUCUGAAUGGCUUACAUCUGUUUCGAAACAUAUACAACUUUAUCA